CCACUACCAUCUUUUUCGAACAGUCAACUUUCUUCUUCCACUCCACUUUGGCAACUCCCUUUUACUACUCGUAGUAUAUACUAUAUAAUAUAUCUUCAAUCUCCCUCCCUAUCAAACAUCAAAACUCGAGAAAGAAUUAUUUAGUUUACAAACGAAUUUAGAACUGUCAAAAACUGACUCGACUCGACUCGAACAUGGCGCAAGAUAACAAAAACAUGGACAAAAAAAGCGGGUUUUGCAUUAGCAACUCCACCUUUUACAGCAAACGUCCAGCAAUUCCACUCCCACCAAACACAUCCUUAGACAUCACCACCUUCAUCUCCUCCCGACCCCACUGUACCACCACCGCCUUCAUCGACGCCACCAAUGAACGCCACGUGUCCUACUCCGAGCUCUGGUCCACUGUUGAUUCCCUCUCCUUUUCUCUCUCCUCCACGUGGGGUGUACGCAAAGGCCACGUCAUCCUCAUUCUCUCUCCCAACUCUCUCUCCUUCCCCCUCGUCUGCCUCUCCGUCAUGUCCCUCGGCGCGUUGAUCACCACCACCAAUCCUUUAAACACCACGCGCGAGAUUUCCAAACAAAUCGCGGACUCGAAGCCGUUCCUAGCCUUCACUACCCCUGAACUCGCCCCCAAGCUCGCCGGCUCCGGCAUCCCGGUAAUUCUACUCGGCGGUGAAAAGGGUAGUUUCGGGAACUUGAAAAUAUUGACGACGUUGGAGGAGAUGGUCAAAGGAGAGAGAAAAGAGGUGAGAGUGAAGGAGAGAGUUUGCCAAAACGACGCCGCAGCGUUGCUGUAUUCGUCGGGAACUACUGGGGAGAGUAAAGGGGUAGUUUCGUCUCAUCGGAAUAUGAUCGCAAUGGUACAGACGAUAAUCGGACGGUUUAGAUUAAAUGAUGAAGAUCAGAGGAAUGGUAAUACAUUUAUAUGUACUGUUCCCAUGUUUCAUAUCUAUGGCCUUGUUGCCUUUGCUACAGGAUUACUAGCAGCUGGAGCUACCAUUGUUGUCUUGCCCAAAUUUGAAAUGAAUGAUUUGCUCCUAGCAAUAUCAAAGUACAAGGUCAGUUACUUUCCGUUGGUCCCACCAAUUCUGGUAGCAAUGGCAAAUCACGCGGAUCAUAUCAAGAAGAACUAUGAUCUGAGUUCAUUGAAGCAUGUUUUGUCUGGAGGCGCCCCAUUAGGAAAGGAAGUGAUCGAAGGAUUCUUGGAGAAGUUCCCAAAUGUUGUGAUCAUGCAGGGUUAUGGGCUUACGGAGUCUACAGGCAUUGGGGCUACAACAGACUGUUUGGAGGAGAGUCGGAGGUAUGGGACAGCUGGGUUGCUCUCACCAAGUACGGAGGCAAAGAUUGUUGACCCUGAGAGUGGAAAAGCCUUGGGGGUUAAUCAGACUGGUGAACUUUGGCUUCGCAGCCAUACUGUUAUGAAAGGCUACUUUAACAAUCAUGAGGCGACUAUUUCAACUCUCACUUCAGAUGGUUGGCUAAAAUCAGGGGAUGUGUGCUAUUUUGAUGAAGAUGGCUUCCUCUUUGUGGUCGAUAGACUAAAGGAAUUGAUCAAGUAUAAGGGAUAUCAGGUUCCACCUGCUGAAUUAGAAGCAUUGCUGCUUACUCAUCCAGAAAUUGCAGAUGCUGCUGUUAUUCCGUUCCCAGAUAAGAAUGUUGGUCAGUUUCCAAUGGCAUACGUAGUGAGGAAAGCUGGUAGUAACUUAUCUGAGAAUGAAAUCAUGGAUUUUGUAGCAAAACAGGUCGCUCCUUACAAAAGAAUCCGGAGGGUGGCCUUCAUAGAUUCUGUGCCCAAGAACGCAUCUGGGAAGAUUCUGCGGAAAGACCUCAUCAAAAUGGCUACUUCUGGCUCGAAACUGUGAGCCAGUUGUAUUGUAGGAAAACAAAUCUGUUUGAACCCAUUGGUGACCAGCUUGUAUCAAGAGCUUGGUCGCGUAUAUAGAUUCAUUGUUAUUUGAUAUAUGAGAUUGCUGAGGAAUUAAUAACCUCCCUAGCAAUAUGGCAUUGUCGCUGUUGUAUGAAUUACGUACUGGAAAUCUUGAAUAAGCUUGCGUAUAGUUUGUUUGAGCUACAAAAUUAAUGGUAGUUUAACAUGUACUUGUAUUUGACAUCAAUUGCAACAGUUUAUAAGGUAUUCCAGUCUUUAAGAUUUAGUAUUGAA